AUGAUCGCUCCCUUCUGGGCGUCUAUCGCCCUGUUGGUUCCAGCAGUCCUGACUGAAUCCACGUCUACCACAUCCACUGCUGCGGCGACACCAAGCUGCACUUCUUCCCUCAUCACCCGUCUAUGCAGCUACCCCGAACCCGGUCCCGAAUUCGCCGUCGCCAGCGAGAGCAGAUCGUCCUGCUGGGCGUACUGCGAAGCCCAUUCUCCCUGCGACUUUGUCAUCUUCAGUGCAGGCAACCCCACCACAGGCACCGGCACAUGCUGGCUAUACCCCGGCGAAUCCUUCGACAAGAGCCAAGGCACUUCAGACUGCGCAAACCCCAGCCUCUAUGUCUACAGCAAGCCCGAGUGUGCAGGCGGAAGCCCAACAACCACUUCUGGCGCCUGCGCCGCCACUGAGACCCCCUCUGCGAUUGCCUCCGUCUGCGGGUAUCCGACGCCCCCUGGGGACUGCUUCGACGGCUGCACGGCCAGCUUAGGUGCAUCAGACUGCUUGAGUCAAUGUGCACGAGCUGAUUCGUGUAGCUAUGUCGUCUUUAACCCACGCAAUCCGAGCGGCUCGCCUUAUGCUUCGGGGACUUGCUGGAUGUAUCCAAGCGGGACGUUUAAGGAUGGCUCUGCGUCCGAGUGUACUGGCGAUCCAGAGCAGUUUGUUUAUAACAACUCGUGUCCGAAGCCGUCUUCAUCUUCAUCUUCGUCAGCGUCGUCGUCCUCCCUUUCAUCGUCUACGACGGACGGCUCCAGUAGAACUGGGGUUGUGGCUGAUGCUGCGGUGUCAACUCCUACUGGCGAGAAUUCUGCGUCUGGACUGUCGCUUCCUGGCAUGGAUAUAUUUGCCAUCGGUGUGGCUGUAUUUAUAUGGCGGGCUAUUUAA